AUGCAGCUGCAUGAAUGUAUUCUUUGCGCGACGGCACCGUCUUCUUCCACUCCUGGACCUGGAACUAUAUCCUUUCAUGACAUACAGACUGGCUCUGCACUGGCAUCUUUCAAACAAACUUCUGCAAGCACGCACUGUACAGCCGUUGUUCAGUCAAGCGAUGGACACGGUGGCUUCAUGCUCGCUGCUCAGCCAGACAAGUCCAUCUUGAAUGUAUACAACUUUCAAAAAGAUCAACUCGCGCUCAAAAUUGUGCUUCCUGAAAAACUCUCCGCAAUUGCGAUGGACCCGGGAGGAAAAUACUGCGCAGGGGGAACGUCUCAUGGGCGUAUUUUCCUGUGGGAGAUCGCAUCAGGAAUCAUGUUCAAUGCGUGGGACGCUCACUACCGACGAGUGAGCGUGUUGCGCUUCACCCACGACGGCGCAGCUUUGCUAUCCGGGAGCGAAGACUCGGGCGUGACCGUCUGGGUGAUGUCGAGGCUUCUAGACGACGAUCUACAAAACGAGCCUCCGACGUCGUACUGCUUGUUGUCGGAUCAUACAUUACCUGUUACCGACAUUAUCUGCGGUAUAGGCCGAUUUCCCACCUGUCGUGUCCUCUCUGCGUCGACGGAUCACUCUGUGAAAUUAUGGGAUCUUUCUUCAAAAUCGCUCCUGAGCACAUUCUACUUUCCAGAGCCGAUAACGUGCCUUGCGUGGGAUGCAACGGAGCGCCUGUUCUUCGCAGCAUCUGCCAACGGGUCUAUACACCAAGUCAAUUUGUUCCGACAACGCGAAGACAAGUUCGGUCAUCUGGCAAUGGAAGCAAUCGGCGGCGGUGGAGUGAGCGACGCGAUACGAGUCAAUGAGCAAGAUCCUGAAGGCGCAAAAAAGCGCCUCAUUGCAGUCGGCCAACCUGUUACUGUCAUGACAAUUUCUCUUACGUCGUCGUUGCUGCUUGUAGGGACAGCAACGGGGCUUAUACAAACAUAUGACAUCGCGUCACAUCAACUCCUGCGUACUCUUACAAUGCACAAGGGUCUUAAAAUUACGCAUAUGAUGGCGUUGCUUCGUCCACCCGACUUAGUGGGCCAUGUCAGUCUCAGUCUGGCUACAGGCAUGGAGACGAAGGAGAUGGUGGUGCGCCCCGUAGCGCCCUUCCAGCGUAUGCGCGACGCGAAGCCGCGAGAAGCGCACGAAGUCCUGGUGAUGCUGCCCCCUCAAAGCGCGGCACAUGCUGAGACGUUCUUCAGCUAUUCAAGAGAGGAGAUGCUGCGCGACCACGCAUACUUCAUGCAGGGCUCGACGUCAGGCAGCGGUUCAAGCACGAAUAUCUCAGUGCAAUCGCGUGUGACAGAGUUGGAAGGCGAGAUUGCGAAGCUGCGCGAGCAGCUCGGGAAGGCGAAGAGUAUCAAUGACACGAUGUGGGAGACAGUUGUGAAGUGCCUUGUUGCAGGCGUGGAUCAAGACAAGCAGUAUGAGAGCAACGACAAUGACGGAAAAGAGGAUGAUGAGAGUGGGCGGAGAAGAAAGCGAGGACGUGUAUGACAGGUCUCUUAAGGCUGGAUCAUAAGGUCGAAUAUAGUUUCCCGAGCGGGAACAGUCCGCUGGCUUUUGCGGUGCUCACAUUGCUUGCCUGAGUCCAUAUGCAAUGUAAUAGGAGAACGUUGUCAAUGGCCCCCUAUGAUGAAUCCUCCUUCGGCUUGUAUUUCUCCGGGUCUGUACCGUGAUAAGGGUGGUUGACGAGAUUGAACAUAGGAAUGAUAGAAAACUUGAGUUGCGACCAGACAGAGUUUCUGUGCGCGACUCCCUGAAUCCACUCGGGUUGAGGUGAUUCCCCAUACAGCGGCAGGCCCCGUCGGG